GUCAACUUUGAAAACAACAGGCGACGACAACAUCGGCGACGAUAAAGCUCGAGCCUUUCGCCGCCGCCGACGCUGUCUAACAAGCCUGCUGGCUGCAUAUCAUGGCAAGCGAAAAGAAGCAGCUGCAAGACACGGGCGAUCUGCCUCCUGCCGAGGACAGGAUCUACGUCGACAACAGCAACAUUUCCGAGCUCAAGUCGACAUGCGAUGACGCCGUCGAGAGGAUUCUGACGCGGUCAUCUCCGUCUGCUUCGUUGGCUCCUGCAUCGGGUGCAACGCCCACAAAUGGCGCCUCUUCGCCUGUUUCGGCUUCGUCUCCUUCCUCGUCUACUUCUUCCCUGCCGAGGGCGCCCACUGACAGCUCUGAGCCCUUUCCGCCCUUCAAGGCCUCUCACUUUCACACCGAUCUCCGUCUCGCUCUGGGCUACACGGCGGCCGUUGUAAUGAUUGGGACGAGCGUGUGGUCGUACUUUGUCGAGAAGGAGUGGGAGAAAAACAAGUGGCCCUGCGCAGUCGCCGUCGUCAUCUACAUUGUCCUGUCAGGGGUUCAGACGGCCGACGCAUACAUGCAAGGACACACGAUCUUCAUUGGCAAGCGCAAGAUGCUGGCAAAGAGGAUCGAGACGGAAAGGCUUGUCAUUGCCUCUCCUCCGCUCCCAAAACCGGUCACGGCCGCGACACCCUCCGCCGAUGGCAAGCGCUGGACUACACCUCCGGUCUACAGCUUGCAUGUCGACUAUACCCGAAAGAGCAAUGGCGGCAAAAGCCUACUGAGGGAGGCAAAGGAAAAAGUUGAGCUGGGCCACAUGGGCGAAUGGUUCACCGAGGAAGGUGAAUUUGUCGAGUCGAUUUUCCAGGCAAGACUGCUCGCUGGGCUGGAGAAGGCGUUUGGAUAGUGUUCACGAUUGUAGUUUUAAUACAUCGCCCGAGGAGAACAGAAAAAAAAAGAGAG